CCUGCAAAACCCUGACUGAGCUGAGGUUUCCCUAGCAGGCGUGCUUAAUUCUGAUAUAUUCUUCGCAGCCUCUCACUCCCAUCUCGCUUCUCCUGUUUUUGUCUACUCAAUGGCAAGGCGCUUGGGUCCCUUGCUUAAUCGCGUUUUGGUGGAGAAAAUCGUUCCUCCGUCCAAAACUAACGCCGGGAUUUUGCUACCCGAGAAAUCCAGUAAGCUGAAUUCUGGAAAAGUUAUUGCUGUGGGCCCUGGCAUUCAUGAUAGAGAGGGAAGGCUAAUUCCUGUAGCUGUAAAGGAGGGUGACACUGUCCUUUUACCUGAAUAUGGAGGAUCAGAAGUGAAGCUGGGUGACAAAGAGUAUCAUUUAUAUCGUGACGAGGACCUACUGGGAACGUUGCAUGAUUGAUGUUGUUAUCGCCUUUGAAAGAUUAGUGGACUCAGCCUCUGCUGCGAAAUUGUGAUUAUAUCAAAUUCUGCUGUUUUGACAGUUCUCAUUCUGUUCUAGUUUUGAUAAAUUCUACGCAGAUCCCUCUUGUCUUUUGUAGCACGCUUGAACAGAUAUGCUGAUAAUUUGGAAAGAUCAAACUUCCGUGUUUACAAGUUGGACCAAAAUAAAUCAUUCGGAAUUCUUAA